AUGAGAUCAAAGCGUCUAGAGACAGACAAAUUCGCUCUUAUUUCGGAUGUUUGGAAUCGUUUCAUUGAUAAUUGCAAGAAUAACUAUACACCAGGCCCAAAUAUAACUGUAGAUGAACAGUUAUUUCCUACAAAAGCUAGAUGUAAAUUCACCCAAUACAUGCCAAACAAGCCAGAUAAGUUUGGAAUCAAGUUCUGGUCGGCUGCGGAUGUUGAUUCAAAAUAUCUGAUAAAUGGAUUCCCAUACCUUGGGAAAAAUAACGAAAGUCCAUCCAACGAUGUUUUUCUUUCUGAACAUGUUGUGAUGCGAUUAAUAAGUCCUUAUGAAAACAAGGGCACAAAUGUCACUACGGACAACUUUUUCACAACACUGAAGUUUUGCAGAGAAAUUGAAAUCCAAAAAUACGAGUCUGGUUGGAACUGUAAAACGUUCUAG